GUCCUUCAGUCCUUCAGUCCUUCAGCUUCUCUCCCAUUUCUCUCCAGUUUCUGUUCUCUUUCUGUUGGGUUGGUCUGCAGCUGGAAGACGCAACGCCGAGAUGCCACAGAGCAACAUGGACGCCCCGGUUCUGCUGCUACUCAUCAUCCAGAUGACAUCCAGCUCCGUCUACUCUGUCUCCACCAUCUUUGAUUCCUCCACACAUAAACCCCUGAGACUCUCCAGCACCGUCUACACCAUCACAAGUCCUGCCUUAACCGUCACUAACGAGCGAUUAUCAGACUCUGUAAAAACCCACCGGACCACCAGACAGCUCACCAGUUCCAUAGCUGACGGAGCUUCAACGCAUUUGAACGACAUCAGCAACCAUUGGACCAGGAGGUCGCUGACUACAGACUCCAAUUCUGAGGUUUCUACUUCAGUCUCAGAGCUGUCAACUUUAAACAGCGGCCAUUUUGUCUCCUCCAGUCCGGCUGCGUUCACGACUAAGCAAUCCACAGACGUAUCAGUGAGUUUGACAGGCGUAUCAAAGAGUUCGACAGACAUAUGGGAAAGUUUGAAAAGUCCGACAGAUGUAUUGGAGAGUUUGACAGAUGUUGCAGAGAGUCGGACAGAUGUAUCAGAAAGUCAGACAGCCUUAUCAGAGAGUUCGACAGAUGUAUGGGAAAGUUUGAAGAGUUUGGAGAGAUCAACAUAUGUUUCUGAAAGUUCGAAGAGUCUGACAGUUGUAUCAGAGAGUCUGGAGACUUCGACAGCCGUAUCAAAGAUUUUGAAAGAUGUGUCUAAGAGUUCGACACAUGUAUCAGAGAGUUCAAAGAGUCCAACUGAUGUAUCGGAGACUUCGACAGAUGUAUUGGAGAGUUUGACAGACAUGUCGAAGAGUUCGACACACAUAUCUGAGAGUUCGACACACGUAUCGGAGAGUUCGAAGAGUCCAACAGACAUAUCGGGGACUUCGACAGAUGUAUCGGAGAAUUCAACAGACAUAUCGAAGAGUUCGACACACUUAUCAGAGAGUUCGACAGACAUAUCGAAGAGUUUGACACGCUUAUCAGAGAGUUCGACAGACAUAUUGAAGAGUUUGACACACGUAUCAGAGAGUUCGAAGAGUCCAACAGACAUAUCAGGGACUUCAACACACAUAUCGGGGACUUCGACAGAUGUAUCAGAGAGUUCAACACACAUAUUGGAGAGUUUGACAGCUGGAGAUGUUCUUCAGCUCAGGAAGGAUGCCCAGACGAUGUCACAACACCAAAAAGUUUCCACCUCCUCUGCAGCUGUGACUCUGGUUUCCUCCACAUUUACAUCAGAGACAAACGCCACGGAUCUUCUGGUCACCUCUUAUGCUACUGUUGGAUUUUCUGCUGACACAGAGUCAAACCAAGAUACAAGUUAUACAACACAUCUAACUGCUGACAAGAACCUUUCCCCUUCAUCCUCGAUAACUACACGUCCACCUUUGACUGCUUACGUUCCUUUAACAGCAGAUCUGACAUCUACAUCCAUCAUGUUGAAAUAUCCGCCAUCAGCCCUGUCGACCGUUUCCCAAACUUCAGCCACAGUUUCUUCGAUGCUGUCAACAGUUUCUACAGUUCAAAGUAAAGUCUUAGCAAGCACUAAGACUGAUGCAGCUCCACUCACUUCUCAAACAGCCGGGACGAUGUCUACAGGAAAGAUUUCCCCCUCAAUACUGGCACCCACGAGUCUGAAAAACACACCCACAACCAUUACCAAACCCACUACAACACCGACAACCGUGACCAAACCCACUACAACACCCCCAACCAUUACCAAACCCACUACAACACCGACAACCAUGACCCAACCCACUACAACACCCACAACCAUGACCCAACCCACUAUAACACCCACAACCAUGACCCAACCCACUAUAACACCCACAACCAUGACCAAACCCACUACAACACCCACAACCAUGACCCAACCCACUACAACACCCACAACUAUGACCCAACCCACUACAACACCCACAACCAUGACCAAACCCAUUACAACACCUCCAACCAUGACCCAACCCACUACAACACCCAGAACCAUGACCCAACCCAUUACAACACCCCCAACCAUGACCCAACCCACUACAACACCCACAACCAUGACCCAACCCACUACAACACCCACAACCAUGACCCAACCCACUACAACACCCACAACCAUGACCCAACCCACUACAACACCCACAACCAUGACCCAACCCACUACAACACCCACAACCAUGACCCAACCCAUUACAACACCCACAACCAUGACCCAACCCACUACAACACCCACAACCAUGACCCAACCCACUACAACACCUAAAACCAUGACCAAACCCACUACAACACCCACAACCAUGACCCAACCCACUACAACACCCACAACCAUGACCCAACCCACUAUAACACCCACAACCAUGACCCAACCCACUACAACACCUACAACUAUGAUCAAACCCACUACAACACCCACAACCAUGACCCAACCCACUACAACACCUACAACUAUGAUCAAACCCACUAUAACACCCACAUCCAUGACCAAACCCACUACAACACCCCCAACCAUGACCCAAAGCACUACAACACCCACAACCAUGACCAAACCCACUACAACACCCACAACCAUGACCAAACCCACUACAACACCCACAACCAUGACCAAACCCACUACAACACCCACAACCAUGACCCAACCCACUAUAACACCCACAACCAUGACCCAACCCACUACAACACCUACAACUAUGAUCAAACCCACUAUAACACCCACAUCCAUGACCAAACCCACUACAACACCCCCAACCAUGACCCAAAGCACUACAACACCCACAACCAUGACCAAACCCACUACAACACCCACAACCAUGACCAAACCCACUACAACACCCACAACCAUGACCAAACCCACUACAACACCCACAACCAUGACCCAACCCACUAUAACACCCACAACCAUGACCCAACCCACUACAACACCUACAACUUCAACAACUGUAGCCACAACAAGUACAAUGCGUGCAGCUCCAACAACCAGAACGACCACAGCUGCUCCGACUACAUCUACUCCUCAAACCCUGACCCCAGCCACUACACCUGCUUCCCGCUGCUCCGUGAACAUCCGCGGCUGUCAGGGCGUGGUUACGCGUUUUCUGGGUGGUGGACGCCGCCGUUCGCUCCGCGUUACGCCCUGUGACCCGGACGGAGAGUCCCAGACCGGGUUCAGCUGCCGGGUCUCGGGGCUGGACCCGGGGACUCGGUACCGGGUCACCGUGGUGUCCAGGACGGACGGAGAGAGGAGCAACGUGUCGCUGCGCACAGCGCCGGCGUGCGUCCGCGGCCUCCAGGUGGCGCCCUCCGCCCCAGACGGUCUCGGCGUUUCCUGGCGGGCCGGUCUGGGCCGGAGCGAGCGCUUCAGGGUUCUGCUGAUGGACCGGGACAAGGUUCUGCUGGAGAAUGUCACUCUGCCAAACAGCGCUGCCUCCGUUGAGCUGCACGGCCUGCAGCCUGGGACACGGUACACCAUCACCGUGGUAACCGAGGCCGUCGGCCUGCAGAGCUCUGCCUCCAAACAGGCAUUCACAGCCCCUGGACCCGUGCAGCAGCUGCGUGUCCGCCACGCUGAUGAAACCUCUGUUAGCGUUGUGUGGAGUCGCCCGCUCGGUGAAUGGGACGGCUUCACCGUGGUGCUCCGCCAAACGAACGCCAGCGCCAUCCUGUCUCAGAGAAAUCUCUCCGGGGAGGCCAGAGAGUGCACCUUCAACAUCCUGACCUCAGGAUGCCUGUACACCAUCACCGUCACAACCAACAGUGGCAACGUGAGCAGCUCUGCCGCUGUGACUGCCCGGACACGUCCGGCCCAGGUCGGUGGUCUGCGGGUCUCUAACCUCGGCAGCACUGACAGCCUGCAGACACAGUGGGAACGCGCCGCUGGAGACCUGGACUCAUACCGCGUCCUGCUGGUGCAUGACAGCAGCGUCAUCAAGAACGAGAGCGUGCCGGCGGACGCCACCAGCAUCGUGUUCCACGCUCUGAGACCUGGCGCUCUCUACCGGGUGGUGUUAACCUCGGUCAGAGCCGGACAGACAUCCAGACAGACUGUCGCAGAGGGACGCACCGCUCCGGCUGCGGUUGCCGAGGUGAUGGUCAGUAAUAAUGGCCGUAUGGACUUCCUGAGCGUGUCGUGGCGCGCUGCUGCUGGAGACGUGGACGGCUACGUGGUGACACUGAGCGACGGCAGGAAGACGCUCCACACCGCCUCCGUCUCCACGUCCAGCACCGAGUGUGUCUUCAACUCACUGGUGUCCGGACGCCUCUACAACGUCUCCGUUGGCGCCCGCAGCGGCACCCAGCUCAGCCACACCGUCGUCCAGCAGAGGACACAGCCGGCGCCGGUCCAGAAUCCGACAGCGACGCAUGCCGCUCGGGACGACUACCUAAAGGUGUACUGGCGCCCAGCGGCCGGAGACUUUGACUUCUACGUGGUGUCCAUCAAGCACAACAACGCGUUCGUGCAGAACCAGACGGUGUUGGCGACGCAGAGCGAGUGUGUGUUCAGCGGCCUGGUGCCCGGCAGACUCUACACCGUGCUGGUGAGCACCUGCAGCGGGACGUCCCAAACCAGCACCUCCACCCACGGACGCACCCUUCCGGCAGCGGUCCGGUCUCUGGUUCUGGCGGGCCAGGGGACAGAGGACCUGCGUGUGACGUGGUUGGCUGCUCCGGGCGAUGUGGAUCACUACGAGGUGCAGCUGCUGUUUAACGACAUGAAGGUGUUUCCCCCGGUGACGCUGGGCGCCGGCGUGGGAGCGUGCUUGCUGGCCUCGCUCACGCCCGGACGCCUCUACAAGAUCCUGGUGUCCACCUUCAGCGGGCCGAACCAGAGGGCCCGCUUCAUCCAAGGACGCACAGUUCCCAGUAAAGUGAAGAACAUCCAGGUGACUAACGACGGUGACAGCAGCAGUCUGAAGGUCAGCUGGACUCCCGGCCCAGGCGACGUGGACGGAUACUCGGUGUUUCUGUUCCGAGACGACCGACAGCUGGACGUCCGGCCCGUCCUCAAACACCACAACGAGGUGUUGUUCGGCUCGCUGCAGCCGGGACAGACGUACAACGUGACGGUCCAGUCUAUCAGCGGAGAACUGCUCAACAACAACACGGCCGCCGGACGCACAGUGCCGGUGGCGGUGACAGCGCUCCAGGUGGAGGAUCUCUCGACCUGCAGCCUGGCGCUCCGCUGGCAGGAAGCCCUCGGCGUGUCGGACGGAUACUUCCUGCAACUCCUGGACGAGAGAGGAAGUCUGCUGACUCACUCCUUCCAGCCCUCCGGACACACAGCGUUCAGGUUUGAAGGCCUCACCCCAGGGAAAAAGUACCGAGUCAUGGUCCAGACCACCAGUGGGGGGGUCCACAGCCCAGGGGUCAGCGCCGAUGCUCGCACACGCCCUGCAGCCGUCACCGAUCUCUCCGUUAAAGCCAACUCAACCAGCGGUCUGUCGUUCCGCUGGUCUCCGCCUGAAGGGGACUUCGACCGUUACGAGAUCUCGUUGUAUAAAAGUGACGACUCGCUGCAGGAGCGACGCCGCGGCCAGUCCAGCAGUCAGCAGGUUUCCUUCCAGGGUCUCCGACCCGGCGCCGCGUACCGCAUGGUGGUGGUUACGCUUAGCGGAGAACACAGCAACCAAUCAGCUGUCUGGGCCCGCACAGUCCCAGCCGCUGUGGCGUCUCUGACAGCUCGCAGUGGGAACCAGUCUGAUGCCCUGUGGGUGAGCUGGGAGAGUGGCGGUGGCGAUCUGAGCAGCUUCCUGCUGUCGCUCUACAACCCUGACGGCUCUCAGCACGCCGAGCAGCCGCUGGGUCCAGAGGUCAGCCAGUUCGUUUUCUCGGACCUGGUUCCUGGGCGGCGGUACCGGGCCGAGCUGAAGAGUCUCAGCGGAGAGCUGAGCAACAGCGCCAGCACGCUGGGACGCACCGCUCCGAACCCUCCCGGCUCCUUCCUGUUUGGAGGGGUCACCAACACCUCCCUGGAGAUCACGUGGAGCGUUCCCGCCAACUCCGACUUCGACGACUUCGACCUGGAGUGGACUCCUCGGGACCAGCUGGCAGUUAUCAACCCGUACCACAGCCCCACGGCGGGCAGCCGCAUCCUGAGAGGGAUGUUCCCCGGCCGGCUGUACACCUUCAGCCUGCGCAGCAUCAGCGGCGUCGCCGAGCCCACGCGCACCUACAGCACACCCAUCCACAACAGCAUCCGCACCAAGCCGGAGCGAGUGCACGGCCUGCACUGCCGUCCUCAGAGCUCAACAUCUAUCUCAUGUUCGUGGGCGCCGCCGGAAGCAGACUUCGACUCGUACACCAUUGAGUGUCUGCGUCAGGACUCGCAGGUCCUAGUCUACUCCCGACGCACCGGCAGAGACGCCACCACAUACCGCAUCACGCAGCUGGAGCCGCACCGACGCUACAGCGUCUCUGUGAAGGUCAUUUCGGACCGGACGACCAGCGAGGAGGCCCGCGACAGCGUGGUCACCAUGAUCGACCGUCCCCCGGUGCCACCCCUCAGUACUCGGGUCAGCGACCGCUCCGCCAUCGUCACCAAGUCCUCCAUCUUCUUCAGGUUUAACUGCAGCUGGUUCAGCGAUGUCAACGGAGCCAUCAAGUUCUUCGCUGUGGUGGUGGCCGAGUCUCAAGGUGUGGAUGAGCAGCAGCCAGAGCAGCAGCACCCUCUGCCCUCCUACCUGGAAUAUAAAUCCAACAGCUCCAUAAAAUGCUACCAGAGCGGCUUCUUCCCCAGUCAGUGCAGCGACGGCAGCGCCGGCAGCAACCAAAGCUUCCAGAUCACCGUGGGCACGGGGAUGGACUCGCUGGGCGGCUCCUGUGAUCCAGAGACCCGCAGAGACCGGAACCUGUUCUGUGACGGACCGCUGAAACCCAAAACUGCCUACAGGCUCAGUGUCCGAGCGUUCACUCAGCUGUUUGAUGAAGAGAAGAAUGACUUCAGCUCUCCGCUGUACAGUGACACGUACCUGUCACUGCCAGUUGUCACCGAGCCAGAGCCUCUGAGUGGUGUGAUCGAGGGAAUCAGCGCCGCCAUGUUCCUCAUCGUCAUGAUGGUGGGAGUCACCGUUCUGCUGGUCUGCAGACAGAAGGCUCGCAAAGUGGUGGAGGAGAGAACGAGUGUCAGGAUGAACGUGAGGAGAGAUGUUCCGACUUCAGUCCUCCACGGAGUCAGAGGGAACCGCCGAGUGUCCAGUCCCAUAAAGACGGUGAACUUUGAGAGUCAUUUCAUCAAACUGCAGGCCGACUCCAACUACCUGCUGUCCCAGGAGUACGAGGACCUGAAGGACGUGGGCCGGAACCAGCCGCUGGACUCGGCUCUGCUGCCAGAGAACCGCGGCAAGAACCGCUACAACAACAUCCUGCCCUACGACUCGACGAGAGUGAAGCUUUCCUACGUAGACGAUGAUCCGUGCUCCGACUACAUCAACGCCAGCUACAUCCCUGGUAAUACCUUCCGGAGGGAGUACGUGGCGACUCAGGGCCCUCUGCCGGGAACUAAAGAUGAUUUCUGGAAGAUGAUCUGGGAACAAAACGUCCACAACAUGGUGAUGGUCACGCAGUGUGUAGAGAAAGGGAGGGUGAAGUGUGACCACUACUGGCCCUGUGAUCAGGACUCUCUGUACUACGGAGACAUGAUCGUCCAGAUGUUGUCUGAGUCUGUCCUUCCUGAGUGGACCAUCCGGGAGUUCACCAUCUGCAGCGAUGAGCAGCGCAGCAUGUCUCGGCUGGUCCGGCAGUUCCACUACACCGUGUGGCCGGACCACGGCGUCCCCGACACCACGCACUCCCUCGUCCAGUUCGUCCGCACCGUCCGGGACUACAUCAACAGAAGUCCUGGAUCAGGACCCACCGUGGUGCACUGCAGUGCUGGUGUGGGUAGGACAGGGACCUUCAUUGUUCUGGACCGGGUCCUGCAGCAGCUGGACACCAGGGACACGCUGGACAUCUAUGGAGCCGUGUUCGACCUGCGGCUCCACCGAUCACACAUGGUGCAGACGGAGUGUCAGUACUCGUACCUCCAUCAGUGUGUCCGGGACGUCCUGAGAGCUAGGAAGCUCCGCAGCGAGCAGGAUAACCUCCUCUGCCCUAUCUAUGAGAACUACAACUCCCAGAGAGGGGAGAACUACAACUCCCAGAGAGGGGAGAACCUCAUCUCCCAGAGAGGUGUGAACUACAACUCCCACAGAGGUGUGAACUACAACUCCCAGAGAGAGCCGCUGGGCAGCAGACGCUAGAGAUUGUAAUGACUACUGAUCCAUUUGUUGAGCACUACAGGGAAACAUGGCAAUUCUAUUUUUAUAUUUUAUAUCAGUGUUUAUAUUUGAAGCAUCAGAAAACUUUAUUUAUGUAACAACAGAUUUGUACAUAAAGGCUACUUCAUAUCUGAGUGUGUGUAUAUGUAUAUUUUUAGAUAUUUCUUCUGUUUUAAAUUAUGUUUCGGUUUUAAUAUUAGCUUUAAUAAUACACACACAUGCACACACACACACACACACACACACACACACAUCAUAUCAUAAUAAUAUAUAUUAAUAUAUUAAAUCUGUGACUCAUAAUGAGAACCUGAGAGAGCUAGAAAUCAUUUAAAGGUGCCUCAUGUAUUUUAUAUCACAACAAUAACUGUACUUUAUUUUGUAAACAUUGUGUAUGUGAGAGCAGUUUAUUAAACACAACAGAAACAGUA